ACUACAUCACAUACAUAUGAAUUGGUGCAUGAUGUUCAAAGUAAUCAAGAAGGCUUAUCGCUGCGAAUGACCGCUAUGGAGUAUCAGUUAGCCGAUAUCAAUCGUGAAUUAAGCGCAUUGGUUGAAUUUUUGCGACCAAAUCGAAUUUUGAAAAAUGCUAGCCUUACAGCAUCCGGAAUCAUUACUUCAAAUGAUAGUAUUGUAAGAAAAAAUUUUAAUGCAGUGGAAAGCUAA